AUGGGUUGGUCUCUAUCCUGGGGGACACCAAGAGGUAACAAGGCGAACCCAUGCGUGCUAGCAAAGGUGUCUCUGUAUCAGGGUGGCACCGAGGAGCCAGUGGAGCUGGCAGCAUCACUGCAGAGCCUCCAUGCGAGCACAUGCUGGGUUGUGCUGAUGAUGGGUGGCGGGCACUUUGCAGGAGCUGUGUUCCGAGGCCCCCAGGUGCAGGAGCACAAGACAUUCCACCGCUACACAGUGCGAGCCCGGCGGGGCACAGCCCAGAGCCUGCGGGAUGCCCACACCCCAGGGUCGGCACCCAGGUCAGCUGGAGCCUCCCUGCGGCGUUACAAUGAGGCUGCCUUACUCAAGGAUAUUCAGGACCUGCUGUUGGCCUGGGCACAGCACCUCAAUGAAGCUCAGCGCAUCUUCCUCCGGGCCCCUCGUCACAACCGUGCACUGCUCUUUAGUGGCAGGAACCCACCCCUCACCUUGGGGGACCCUCGCAUCUUCCACAUCCCCCUCAGCACCCGCAGGCCCACCCUGCGAGAGGUGCUGCGAGUCCACAGCGUGCUGGCCAGCCUGCAGGUGUAUGGGAAGGACACGCCACUGGAGGAUAUCACUGGGUCCCCCCGGAAGGGCUGGCAGAAGAGGCGGCAUAAAGCAGAGGUGGAUCCCCCGCAAGAGGACAUGAGUGGGCCUGGCACCACAGUGGGGAUCUGUGGGGUGGGACCUUGUGCUGGGCAGAAGGGCAGGGUGUGCUUGGCUGAGACCAGUGAUUCGUGGUGUGGGGGGGGCCUCAGCCCCUGUCUUACAGCCCCCCUCAGCACCAGAGGAGGAGGCAGAAGAGGAGGAAGAAAGCCCUGCAGGGGAAUUGGAGACUGUGGAAGUGACACUGGGGACCUUGGACCUCCAGGAGUUCAAGGUGAUGCCCAAGCGAAACUGCAAAAAGAGGAAGAAGAGGGACAAGAAAGGCCCUGUGCUGAAGAGAUGGGAUGCCAUGGUACCCAGUGCAGGCAGCCUGGCCUGGAGCUAAUGACAGAGCGGCAAGGGGAGGCUGAGCCCCUUCCCUGGGGCAAUGGAGGCGACCCUCAGACCCAGUUCCGUGAUGCCCUGUUCACUGCCUGCAAAACGGGGGAUGUGGGGAUGCUGCGACACCUCCUGGGUGUACCAGAGCACGGGGCCCUGUCAGGGGCCAGCAAGGAUGGGGAGGACACACAGCCCCUGGAUAUGCCACGCUCCCUGCUCAGUCAGCCCAUGGAUGAGCACGGCUGCACCCUGCUUCACGUGGCAGCGCGGGCAGGGAGGGCUGAGGCUGUGUGCCUGCUGCUGGAGGCGGGGGCGGACCCUGCCAUCAGAGAUGAUCAGGAGAGGACCCCGUACUGUGUCUCUGCUGACAGACUGACCCGCAACACCUUCCGCAAGUUCAUGGUGGACCACCCGGACAAGUACGACUACAGCCGUGCCAAGGUGCCAGGGCCCUUGACACAGGAGAUGGAGGCCAAGAAGCUGGAGAAGAAGCGGGCACAGAAGGCGCAGCGGAAGCAGCGGGAGCAGGCACAGCGGGAAGAGCGGCAGCGCCAGGAGCAGGAGCAGGCAGAGAAGCAGCGGUUCGCAGCCCUGUCCGACAGGGAGAAGAGGGCACUGGCUGCCGAGCGGAGGUUGGCUGUGCAGCUGCAGGACACUGGCACAACUCUUGCUAACAUCAGUGACCCCUUCACUCAGAGCCACCUCUGCUCUGUCCUGCAGCCGCUGCUGGCACUGUGGAGAGUCCCUGCUGGGCCGGAUCCCUUUCCAUUACCUCGACUUCUCCUUCUGCUCCACAGCCUGCCUGCAAACACACCGCCGGGCCCAGGCUGCCCGCACAUAAGGCUGGGGGCUGCUGCUACCUGCCAAGGGCCGGUGGGGUGGAGGCAUUUAGAGCUUGCAGAGCAGUGCUGGUCCAAGGGACUGAGUUGGCCACGUCACACUGGUGCAACUGGCAAGGCUCUGGGCAUGAGUGUCACAGUGGGGAUGUUACAGCUGAGCAGUUCCCAUGGGCUACUGUGAGGGGCCAGGACUGUUCUGUGGCACGUGUACUGAUGCCAGCUUUUCCCAUGGCUGCCUCCUAGGCUGCUGUAUGUGGUGGUGGGACAGAGCCUGACACAUGCAGACCAUGCAGCUCUGGGCUACUUACAGCCAUGCUUCUGGGUACCAUCUAGGCUGUGCUUUGCCCUCCCCUCUCCUGGAUGCCAUUAGUGUCUUGGCUGUAUCAUGUUAGCAACUACCUCCUCUGUUGGCAUUAGCAAUAAAAAGAGGUGCCUUGACCCCUGAGGUGUGUGGGG